AUGACCGGUAACGAGCUGCUUUCGUCUCAUGGGGAAGAUGGCAGUGUAACUUCAUCGCAAUACGUCACCGCGCCUUCAGCCUUCUCAGACUGGUCCGACUCUGAGGAUACCAAUCCGGUCUUGCAAGUAUCGGAUGCCGACUCCGGUGUGAUAUUUGAAGAAGUCCGCCAAGGAACAAACGUGGAAGCACAACCGGCUCAACUAGUACUUAACGGUCAAAUAGACCAAGGGAAUUGCUUUGUCGCGCCAACCAACUUUUCUGGACAAACUUUACGCGACGAGAGAAGGCUUGCUCCGUUCGAUCCGUCUCUCCCUGCCUUUACCCUGACCAUCCCCACUCCUCAACUACCGCCUUCGCCGGUUUUCGUGCUCAAGUCGCCCAUUACAGUGUCCAAAUUUGUAUCAGCAUCAUCUAACCCUGCAAACGCUGGGAUAUCCACAGCUAUCCGUGGCUCUCCUGCGCCUAUGGUACCCGCGUGCGAUCGCUGUCGCCUGGCUGAACCAGAGAGCAGCCAAUGUUACUCCUGCUACCAGCAGUGGCUAGCAUGCAAAGUCUGGUAUCAAGCAAAUGAUGGCGGGAGGAGAGCUUGGCUGACCGAGCCGUAUAUCAAGCCUGCGGAGAGUAAUGCGAUCAACAGGGCGGUGACAGAGACGUUCUGGUCGCCAGAGAGGACACCUUUCGAUCCGCGUGGCCUGGGGAUCUUGACCGACGCACUGAUAGGGAGCUCUAUCCAGGCUGAAGGCUUUCCACAUCUAAUUGCGUCGUCUACUGGAUCGCGCGAGGUGGUAGCCUGGAAGCCUCGGCGCGGAGGUGUUUUACUACUGCUUGCGGAGUCCUGGAGGGCGAGUGUCAAUGCACUAAAGUCUAAGUUGUCUUCCUGCCAGAGGCGUAUCGCUCUGGAAUUCAAGACUCUGCGGGUUGCUGAGGUACCCGAUGGUUGGUCUUGCCACAUGAAUCUCGGCUCCGAGGACGACGCCCUGCUGGACGCAUGCUUCGAGCAGCCUCACCGACGAGCGAAGAUAACUUCCAGCUCGAAGUUUGUCGAACAGCUAUUCGACUCGCCCAGCAACGCCAGCAGCAGUUGA